AUGCAACGCUUUUCUAUCCGUCACAUUCUUCACAUUAAGGACACUGAACUAGUGCAAUAUGUAAAGCAGCAUCAGCGUCGCGAAGGCGGCUUCGAUUUGGAGGUCGAUGCUUGGGACGAUCUUUCCGAAGAAGAGAGACAUCAGAUAGCACGGCGGCUCAAAAGGCUUCAAGCUGAAUUUGAGAAGACUCCCGAGGCAAAGGACAGCAACAACAAAGGCGCAGCCUUCCGGGAGUUCGUUGAGAAGAGGAAACAGCGCAAUUUGGAGGUUGGAUGCACAUGGCCGGGAAUGACAGAAGCUGAGUAUCGGCAAGCGCUCAGCGUGCAGUUCAACCUGGACAAGUACCGUCAUUAUCGAGCUCACCUUGGUCUGCUGGCUCUUGCCCGAGGCAAGCACGGAUUUCCCGAGUACGUUGCCAAGGCUAGGCGCCGUCUAUCUGAAUUUGGCCUCACCCAGACAUUCGAAUUUGACGAAGACCCAACCCGCCAAGACAAGCUGACAACAUGGAUCGAAUAUCUCUAUUACGAGUUGUUGUGGCACGAUUACCAUGAACGUUCCAUUAAUCGGAUGCAAAGAGAGUAUGACGAAGCCUGGGAAAAGCUCGUUGCCUCAAGAGUUUUACAGUCGAUGAAGACGGACGAGACACUGCGAACAACUGAGUCCAUACUCCAGCGUGCAAGCGAGAGACAGCAUGCUGAACAGGCUUUGGCGGCUGCUGAAGAGCUGCUAGAAAGGCAUUAUUGGAGACCGCCAAAGCUAUCCAUGGUGGUUCGAGUCUUUCUCUCCAGCAGCGGAAGCAAAGAUUAA